GCUUUCUCUGCACUUUCACACUAGGGAUUGCUGUGAUGAAGUUCAAGAACCCCCCAGUGAACAGCCUCAGCCUAGAGUUGCUGACGGAGCUCGUCAUCAGUCUGGAGAAACUGGAGAACGACAAGACCUUCCGAGGCGUCAUCUUAACUUCGGACAGCCCCGGGGUCUUCUCAGCUGGCCUGGACCUGAGGGAAAUGUGCGGGAGGAACCCGGCGCACUAUGCUGAGUACUGGAAGGCUGUGCAGGAGCUGUGGCUGCGGCUCUACGUGUCCAAUAUGGUCCUGAUUGCCGCCAUCAAUGGAGCCAGCCCUGCUGGAGGCUGCCUGAUCUCCCUUACCUGUGACUACCGGGUCCUGGCUGACAAUCCCAGAUAUGCCAUUGGGCUGAAUGAGACCCUGCUGGGCAUCGUCGCCCCUUUCUGGUUCAAAGAUACACUUGUGAACACCAUUGGGCACCGUGCCGCAGAGCGUGCUCUGCAGCUGGGGUUGCUCUUCCCGCCAGCAGAGGCCCUCCAGGUCGGCAUAGUGGACAAGGUGGUGCCUGAGGACCAGGUGCAGAGCACAGCGCUCUCAGUGAUGGGCAAGUGGCUGGCCAUUCCAGAUCACGCUCGACAGCUGACCAAGAACAUGAUGCGAAAGCCCACAGUAGACCGCUUGGUGAAACAGCGCGAUGCUGACAUCAAGAACUUUGUCAGUUUUGUCUCCAGAGACGCCAUUCAGAAGUCCUUGCAGAUUUACUUAGAAAAGCUCAAACAGAGGAAAGGCUAACUGCGGGGCUGCCCACAUAGGCUGUAGGCUUAGGCACCCUUCCAGGGGCACUCUGGUCCCACGGGGGCUUAAACAAGGUGUUUUCCAAUUUAAAAAUCCUUCCAGCUCUU